AUGUCCUUAUGAAUAAAAGAAAAUCCAUGUGUUGAAGAAAUAUUGGAAUUUACCUUGGAGGUUAAACAUGGCCAGAGAAGGAAUAGGAAUCGUCUUGGCUUUCCUGCUGACCCAUGUGUGUGUUGUGGAAACUCUUGAUUUUUCAGGAACAAGCGUGAAUUUACAGUUUACCUACACAGAUGGGUCAGUGCAUCAUACAGGAGGACGAUGUGCAGAUCAAGUGGAAUACAUUAUGGUCGUUGAAGUGAAUGCAUCUGAAGCUGCAGUGAUCAGCGAUAUAACAUCUUCUGUGAACUCUGUCAUACUUCCAUUUCAAGUGGACGAAAGUGUUGAAAUUACAGCUUUUAACAUUUCAACGGUGUGUUCUUUGAAUGAAACACAGUAUCAGUGUAAAUGUGAGGGUCUGUUUGUUUGGCCGAAUGACACGUGUCACUCAUACGAGGCCUGUGAUGACAUCACUGAUGGUUCAUGUACAUGUAUCAAUGCCCUUCCAAUCGACGGACAGUUCUGCCAAGAGCCAAUUUCUGAGUUUACGUACGAGUAUGAGGCUGAAAUUGAUGUUAGUUUUUUGGACUUGUUCCCGGCGGAGUUCCUGCGCAAUCUCGUCACAAACACCAGCCUGCCUUUGACUCUGAACAACAACACACACAUCACAGACAUCGACAUGACUACUGUGUGUGUGUUAAAUGGAACAGAAUAUGAGUGCAAGUGCGAGGAGCAGCAUUUUUGGCCCAGUGACACCUGCAGGGUCUAUCAGGUGUGUGAUGCCACUGUGGGAGGCACUUGUGGAUGUAUUCGAGGUCUUCCUUCAGAGGGUUCACUUUGUCAGAGAGAUAUAAAUGAAUGUCUGUUCUGUCCAUCUGUAUGUGGACCAAAUUCCACUUGCACAAAUCUGUUGGGAAGUUACAAUUGCUCAUGUCUGGAUGGAUUCACUGCAACAAACUCAAGUCUCCCUAUCAGCAUCAAUAACACAUGUAGAGAUAUUAAUGAAUGUCUCAACUCAUCGCUAGCGUGUGGGCCGAAUGCUAACUGUUCCAAUUACGAAGGAAACUAUUCAUGCUCUUGUUGGCAAGGAUAUAAUGCUACAAAGAUGAAUGAGACUAUAAAUAACAAUAACCCGUGCAUAGAUAUUAAUGAAUGUCAGUUCAUUCCAUCUGUAUGUGGUCCAAAUUCCAAUUGCACAAAUCAGUUGGGAAGUUACAAUUGCUCAUGUCUGGAUGGAUUCACUGCAACAAACUCAAGUCUCCUCAUCAGCAUCAAUAACACAUGUAGAGAUAUUAAUGAAUGUCUCAACUCAUCGUUGGCGUGUGGGCCGAAUGCUAACUGUUCCAAUUACGAUGGAAACUAUUCAUGCUCUUGUUGGCAAGGUUAUAAUGCUACAAAGAUGAAUGAGACUAUAAAUAACAAUAACCCAUGCAUAGAUAUAAAUGAAUGUCAGUUCAUUCCAUCUGUAUGUGGUCCAAACUCUAAUUGCACCAACUCAGUUGGGAGUUACAACUGUUCCUGCUUGAGUGGAUUUACUGUAACAAAUAGCAGUGAACCAGUCAGCACCAGUAACCCAUGCAAUGAUAUUAAUGAAUGUCUCAACUCAUCGCUGGCGUGUGGACCGAAUGCUAACUGUUCCAAUUACGAAGGAAACUAUUCAUGCUCUUGUUGGCAAGGAUAUAAUGCUACAAAGAUGAAUGAGACUAUAAAUAACAGCAACCCAUGCAUAGAUAUAAAUGAAUGUCAGUUCAUUCCAUCUGUAUGUGGUCCAAAUUCCACUUGCACAAAUCAGUUGGGAAGUUACAAUUGCUCAUGUCUGGAUGGAUUCACUGCAACAAACUCAAGUCUCCCCAUCAGCGUCAAUAAUAUAUGUAGAGAUAUUAAUGAAUGUCUCAACUCAUCGCUGGCAUGUGGACCGAAUGCUAACUGUUCCAAUUACGAAGGAAACUAUUCAUGCUCUUGUUGGCAAGGAUAUAAUGCUACAAAGAUGAAUGAGACUAUAAAUAACAAUAACCCAUGCAUAGAUAUUAAUGAAUGUCAGUUCAUUCCAUCUGUAUGUGGUCCAAAUUCCAAUUGCACAAAUCAGUUGGGAAGUUACAAUUGCUCAUGUCUGGAUGGAUUCACUGCAACAAACUCAAGUCUCCUCAUCAGCAUCAAUAACACAUGUAGAGAUAUUAAUGAAUGUCUCAACUCAUCGUUGGUGUGUGGGCCGAAUGCUAACUGUUCCAAUUACAAAGGAAACUAUUCAUGCUCUUGUUGGGAAGGAUAUAACGCUACAAAGAUAAAUGAGACUAUAAAUAACAAUAACCCGUGCAUAUCACGUGCAACACCAUCAACACCAACACCAUCAACAAAGCCAACAGUAAUUGGAAUGUCAAUGACAAUAAAUCGGACUUUUGACACACUUCUUACGGACCCUGAAAGCGAGACUUACAAAAAUUUAUCUGGAGAUAUUGAGUUCAAAAUUAAUGAAAGUUAUUCUAGUAAGCUAAAAGGCUACAUUUCUGGUUCAGUAAAAGUCUCUGGCUUCAGGGCUGGUAGUGUUAUAGCAGACUACACAAUAAGUGCAACAUCCAAUAGCCUUGAUUUUGGAGCAGCAAACACACAGAUUUCUGACUCUCUUAAGGAAAUAAAAAUUCAAUUAGUUGAAAAUGCUUUUGCUCAAAGUGAACAGACAGUUUUCACAAACGAUCAGUUAUAUCCUCUGCAAAGGGUAGACCUGAAAUGUAAUCAGCCAGACUCUGCAGAGGGUCAGAUAAAAUGGACAAUGGAUAACGAAGAUCUUGUGAAAAACGCAAAAUAUUUAAUUUCCAGUGACAAUAAAACUCUCACUAUGCUAAACGCUACUGAAAGUUACAGUGGUCGAUAUUCAUGCAUUAAACAAAGGAAUACAAUACCAUACAUUCUGUGGCAAAACAUCAUUAUUAAUCAACGUCCCCGUAUCAUUGUUGGGGAAAAUCAACGUGUUUUUCCAUGUGAUGGCAGCAGUUUUCAACUGAAAUGUUCUGUUGAUGUUGGCUACAAUCUUGAGUGGGUUCUGGAUGGAACAGUAAAGAUUACAGGAACUGACAGUAUCACAUUAAACAAUGCUACUCGGAGUGGAAAUUGUACAGAUCAAACCUUUACUUGUCGUCUCAAGGAUCUGCCACAACUACAGAAUUACAGUUAUAGCUAUAGCAGCGUCACAGUAAGGACAAGCCCAGAAGGUUUUGACUGUAAAAAUGAAGAACUUGGAGCUGGAAAAACAAAUGACGUGAAGACAGGAGUCUGUGGAACUGGCACCAAAGGCACCAAAACUUUCAGAUGUGAAUCAUAUGCUUGGACACCAUUUGAGGACAACUGUGUACUUGAAGUUAUCGACAACCUUAAAAACAAACUUGAGUCCUUGCGUGUGGAGGAGAUUCCAGGGUUUAUGGCUAACCUCAGCAUUGCCACAUCAGAGAAUAAUUUUAAUAUAACACAGUCUGCUGCUACUGUCAGAGCAAUUGUUGACAUACUCUUUAAAAUUGCUGACUUGUCACAAACUAUUGUCAUCAAAAAACCAGUGAUGGAGAGUUUCCUAAACACAGUGGACAUUAUUGUAUCAGGCAAUGUCAGUAAUACAUGGAACAAACUGAACAAAGGCAACAACACAGGAGACACCAGCAUUAAACUUCUGAGUGCUAUUGAGAAUAUAAGUGACCGUCUCACAGAUGAGUUUAAUAUCUAUGAAACAUCCAUUCAGCUGAAUAGAACUACAUUUAACAACUCAUUCACUUUAACCUCAGCACUGCCAAACUCAACAACAGAGAUUGUAUUACCACUGGUUCCUCAUGAGACUACCAUUACCAUCAUAAUCUUCACAACUCUUGACAAAGUCCUACCUUCUCAAGGUACUAAUGACAGCAGGAAAUCAGAUGUGCGCAUCAAUGGAGAUGUGGUUGUUGUUAAGGUUAAUGAGACUCUCAACAAUAUUUCUUUGACAUUUGACAUUACUAAUCAGUCUUUGGGAAAUCCUCAGUGUGUCUUUUGGAACUUCAAACUCAACACAUGGGAUUCCACUGGAUGUGAAGUAAAGCGGAACAGCACUGGUAACAUUACAUGUGAAUGUAACCACACAACCUCCUUUUCAAUCCUAAUGUCACCGUUUUCCAUUGAUAACAUAGCCUUAGCCUAUAUAACUUACAUUGGCAUAGCUAUUUCGAUGGCCAGCUUGAUUAUUUGUCUGAUUAUUGAGGCUAUUGUAUGGAAGUCAGUAAGAAGAAAUGACACGUCCUACAUGCGGCACGUCUCCAUAGUCAACAUUGCUGUGUCCCUUCUGAUUGCAAACAUCUGUUUUAUCAUUGGAGCUGCGAUCGCAGAACUAGAACAGCCAACCUCAGUGGGUCGCUGCAGUCCAGUGGUUUUCUUCAUGCACUUUUUUUACUUGGCUCUUUUCUUCUGGAUGUUAAUGUCAGCACUGUUGCUCUUUUAUCGUACAGUUAUGGUCUUGUCUCAAAUGUCAAGGGCCAAAAUGAUGGUCAUUGCCUUCAUAGCCGGUUAUGGUGCACCUUUGCUCAUAGCGGUUAUUACUGUAGCAUCAACAGCUGGACCUCAAAAUUAUAUUUCCAAAAGAAAUGCAUGCUGGCUGAACUUGUACGAAUCAAAGGCCCUGCUGGGAUUUGUGAUUCCAGCUCUCACUAUUGUAGCCAUAAACCUUGUGGUUUUGAUUGUGGUUCUGUACAAGAUGUUGAGGAGAGGAGUUGGUGCUGCUACUCAACCAGAUGAGAAACAUGCCCUGGUGGUCAUUGCCAGAUGUGUGGCCAUUUUGACUCCUAUUUUUGGUCUAACAUGGGGAUUUGGAAUUGGAACCAUGGUGUCACAGGAUUUAGGCAUUCAUGUGGUGUUUGCACUCCUCAAUUCACUGCAGGGAUUCUUUAUUUUGGUGUUUGGAACGCUUCUAGACAGUAAGGUUCGUGAGUCACUACCAGGAAAACAGUUGCUACAGAAACUCAGUUCCAGUCGUACCAAGAGCACCAGUGCUGGAUCAUCAUCUGCAUCUAGACUGCCUUUCUUGCAAAGGAACGGACGGAGACAUGUGCUCAACGUAUCUGAAACCAACCCUUCCUCGGCAGUUACAUCUUCAGACAGCUCCAAUGGCUCAUACGCUGUUAUGGACACUUAGAGCACCAAAAGUGUUUUUUUUACUACAACAAGCUACAUGUUUGUUCUUUUACUGUACAGCCUCCCACAAAAUGGUAAAAUAUUGUAAAAAUUUGAAUAAUUGUAUGUGCACGGCUUUUACACAGGUUGUUUAAAAAUAUUCUUUAUUUUUUGUAUUAAUAUGGUCUAGAGUUACAUUAGUAUUGUUAUAUCGUAUAUAUAUAUAUAUUGUUUUUUUCAAACCGUAAUAGUACUGCCUUAAUGUUCUAUAUGUGCGGCAGGUAAACUAUGAACUAUAUGAACACAUAUGCAAAAACAUUACAAAAGGGUCUUUCUGCAGCCAUUGCUCCAUCAUUUGACCUUUUUUAGAAUAGGCCUGGUUGGUUAAUUUCUAGAACUAUUUUUGCAAUGACAAAUGCAUUUUCAUUCAUCAACAUAGAAGCAUUUGCACUGGGUUCUUAUCAUUCAUAUAAUGUUAUUUUAACAUUAUAAAUGAAGUAUAUGUUAAUAUAUACAUACUGGCCAUCAAUCAGAGCUAGAAAUGUCAAGCUGUGGAAAACAAAGUGCUCAUUUAGGUGUUCUUGUUUUAUAUUACAUGAUAUGGUACUUCAGCAAUAUGUUAAGCAGCAGUGUUGUGUAUCUGCAUGAUUGCAAAUGUUUCUUUUUUUUUCAGAAAUAUAUAAUAAGUAUACUGUAAAAUCCAAUAGUUUACAUUAUUUGGAUAUAAUUAGUUAUCUUUACUUAGUUAUAUCAUUAUAAUUCUCUUUCUACUGAUGCAACAAUAUAUUAUGAAUUCAUAGUUAUUUGGUUUCAAAGGAAGGGAAGUAAUAAAUUGAUUAAUUUUAUAAGAUAACCAAACUUAUAUUUAAAACAUUAGCUGUAUGUUUCAUGUUGAUUAACAAUCUUUCUACAAUUUUAUUGUUUUUCAUAAACACCUUGUGAAGUUUUUAUUUGGGUUGUAUAUCAUCUUUUAGUAUUUGUGUCAAUAUCUUGAAGGCAACCAUUUUCACAUGGUAUAUACACAGUCACACCAAACACAACAAUGGUAACAAUAAAAUUUUAUUUAUUUUAUUAAUUGUAACAAUAAGCAUUUUAUUUGCUCUUUUGGUUGUACUAUUACUGACACGAGACAGGAAAAAUAGGUAGUGGUCAAUAAACAACACAUUCUCCAGACAAAGAGGGGGCCUGCUCCAUCUUUCAAGAAUAAUA